UUUAUGGAAGCAUCUCCACUAUUCUUAAUCACUGGUUGUCCACAAUCUCAUGGGAAGAACACAGGAACUGCCCCUCCCUGCAUUCUCUCUGUCUCUCUCACUCUCUCUCUCUCUCAAGUGGAAGAUCUAUUUGCUUUUUAUUUGUAUGUUUUCUUGAGAGUUAACAUGAUGUAUUCUCGAGACCUGGGUUCUCCGGUUGUGCAGCAGCAUGGGCCAGUUCCUAAUGUUCUGUCCGGUGAGGGAUCCGUCUGGGGUCAUGUUGGCACCUUACAGGUGCUCUGUGAAGAGCCCAGCAGUGCAGGUUCACGGGGUGAAAGGGAAGAGUUAAAGAUUCAGCACAACCUGAUGUAACACUUGCACAUUAAGAGCAGGAAUUUGAGAAUGCAGAGGGAGAGGAAUAUCCAGCGGAUAUGUCCAUGCCGGCAUCGCCUGCAUCGCACACCGGUCCUGAAGUCUACAUUCUGCCUCUCACCGAGGUCUCUCUGCCUGUCGCCAAGCAACCUGGCCAAUCAGUCCAGCUCCUGAGAUCCACGGAUCUUGGCCGUCACAGUUUGCUUUAUAUAAAGGAGAUUGGGCAUGGCUGGUUUGGCAAGGUAUUGUUGGGGGAGGUUCACUCUGAUCUCAGCAAUACCCAGGUGGUGGUGAAGGAACUAAAGGCCAGUGCCAGCGUGCAGGACCAGAUGCAUUUUCUGGAAGAGGCUCGGCCAUACCGGUCUCUCCAGCAUCCGGCUCUAGUGCAAUGCCUCGCUCAGUGCACAGAGGUCACACCCUACUUAGUGGUCAUGGAGUUCUGGCCCCUGGGUGAUGUUAAAGGUUACCUGCGCAGCUGCUGGGCAACAGAUUCCAUGACCCCUGACCCCUUACUACUUCAGAGGAUGGCGUGUGAGAUCACUUCAGGCCUGCUUCACCUUCACAAAAACAACUUCACCCAUAGUGAUCUGGCUUUAAGAAACUGCCUGCUAACAUCAGACAUAAAAGUUAAGAUUGGAGACUAUGGACUAUCGCAUAACAAGUACAAGGAUGACUACUUUGUGACAUCAGACCAGACCUGGAUUCCCUUACGCUGGAUUGCCCCUGAGCUGGUUGAUGAGGUUCAUGGUAACUUACUGGUGGUGGACCAAACCAAGGAAAGCAACAUCUGGUCACUCGGUGUAACAAUCUGGGAGCUGUUUGAGUUGGGGAAUCAGCCGUACCGCCAUUAUUCAGACCGACAGGUUCUCAGCUAUGCUGUAAAGGACCAGCAAUUGAAGCUGCCCAAGCCACUUCUUAAGUACCCUCUUUCUGACCGCUGGUAUGAAGUCAUGCAGUUCUGUUGGCUUCAGCCUGAUCAGAGGCCCAAUGCAGAAGAAGUUCAUCUGCUGCUAAGUUACCUAUGUGCCAAAGGAGCCAGUGAGGCAGAGGAAGACUUUGAGAGACGCUGGAACUCCAUGAGACCAAACACAAGCCAUGCUACUGUCCAUGGAGCCGGUGCACUAGCAAUCGACAUGCCCAUGUCAUCCACCACUUCCUCAUUCCCCCUACUGGAGCAGUUCCCCACUGGAGACGGCUACCAUUCAGAAUCUGGAGAUGACAUCUUAACGGUUACUGAAACCAGCCAUGGCCUCAACUUUGAGUACAAGUGGGAGCAGGCACGGGCUGAACAGCACUACCAAUCCUCAUCCACCACGGGCACUUUGGGUCAAGGCAAUCCCCAUUGUCAGGAGGUGUACUACCCUCCGGGCGGAAUAGUGGGGGGCUGUGCUGUUGAAGGACUUGACCUAGGGGUUUCUCCUUCAUAUUAUGAGCCCAAACAACUACACACCCCUGGUGUGGUACCAGUCCUGAGUGCUCACAGUCCAUCAGUGAGUAAUGAGUACUACAUUCGCAUUGAGGAGCCAGUACAAAGCAAUAUUGAUAUGAACUUCACCAUGUGUGCUUACAGCCCAGAGUUUGGGGGGAGCAAUGCAAGUUUUCUAACAGGUAGUGGAGACUCUCGGGAGUGUAUGAACUGUCCCCCUGAAGCUAAACCAGACAUUUAUUGGUCAACAGAUAUCCACAAAAGCAGUGCCUAUGAUUCAGACACCAGUCCUGCUAUGUCUCUAACUAUGGAGCCUCUUUUGGGCCAUGGUAGCCCUCUUAGAGCAUGGGAGUCUGGUCACUAUGUCUCAUACAAAGACAGGGAUGGAGGUUACUACUAUGAACCAUCACCUCCUAGGAUCAUAGACCGCUACCUGAUACGAGACCCAACAGAGCCUCCAGAAGAGAGCUGGGGGUCUCGAAGCUUAAGACAGGCACUUGGGGAACUGGAGGAGCCUUUAGGCAUCUCACCAUCACUUGGAAGUCCUCCACAAGGCUAUGCUGAUCCUUACUUGGAGAACAUUCAAGGCUCCAUUAUAAGAAAGAACGUUACGGGAGGAUAUUAUGAUAUGAUGGGCUCUUUGAGGAAGACUAUGCCAGGUAGCCACUCAGUUUGUAUUGACAUGGCAUCAGGUGGUGCUAUAUUCGUAGGACGAGAUGACAGCGACUCUGAUGAAGAGGAAGACAUCUUUGUGGAAAGGCGAGGAAGAAGCUGGUCCACCAGCAAUCCAGCAAAUACAAACACAAGGAUCUUGAGUCAAAGACAGGGGUCUUGUAUCCAAGAUUCGUAUGCAGAUUUCCACUACACUAUGCCGAUGACUGAUGUUGAGGAUACAUGGCCAGAAGAGCAGACCCUGUCGUACCAUAUGGCCAAACCUGUUGACUACUUAGAGGCAACAGUCAAAAGCAACACUUGCCUGGUGCAUGGAAGACAUGUACCUUCAAACCCUUCACCCGAGUGCAGCUCGUAUAUCCAUAUGUGCCAUGAACCCAGAGAGGCUGAAGUAUAUCCCGUGCCAUGUUGUCAAGCUUUGAGCAGUUCACAUUUUGUAGAUCCUCUAACAGGAACAUUUGUGAGGAACUGCUUCAUGAUUGACUGUAUUCCAGGGAAACCCAUGACAUUGCCCAAAAAAGACCAACACCUAGGCCAAGCACCUUUAUCUGCUGGAUAUAUAGUCUCCAAAAUAGAGUCAUCAAGGGAAGGUGCCAAACAGUUUGACGUCUCCCAGCAGUAUGUGGAUAUUGCGGUAGGGGAAGCAAACUUGAAGCAAGAAAAAGCAUUGCAUGAAGUUGCAUCUCCAACAGAUCCCAAAACUGAAAUUAUUGCCAUCACUCCACAAUUGGAGAAAUCCCAAGCUGAGUUACCCAAAUCAGAGCCAGAGUCAGACUUAAGCAAGACAGCAGAAAGUGGUGUGGACCAUGGACGCUCUAGUAUCAGUCUGGUGGAGAUUGAUGACUGCAGCGAUGAUGACAUCACUGACGUAACCUCUGGGAUUUUUGGUGACUUCACCAUUGAAGUGGAAACUGUUGACUACACCAGUCCAACAUUCAAGUCAUUACAAAAGCAGGUUGGUACGCCAGACUCCAUGGACUCCAUUGACAUUCCAUCUACAGCAUGUUCCAGCGAGACACUCAGUCCUGCCUCUAUUCAUCCGUCAAGCUCUCCCAAGACAGUGGACAGUGGAUAUGACACUGAAAACAAUGAAUCUCCAGAGUUUGUCCUAAAGGAACCCCAUGAGCUACAAGAUUCUAAGGUUUUUAUCCAACCCUUGGGAAAAGUGACCUCUGGGUCUAACUUUGUCAGUGAAGAACAAGAGAUUAAAAGGGCAGAAGAUGAGAAACUAGAGGACAAUGUUGAUAUUGUAAUGGCACUGACAACAUUUGAGAGCAAUGAUGGAGAGUUGAAAGCGCUGAGUGAUAAAACUCCAUACAGAGAUUCAGCCUACUUCUCUGACUAUGAUGCUGGGAAAGAUAAAGAAAGCGAAGAGGACAUCAAUGAACUUGAAGAUCAGAAAGAUGGACCAGAGGAAAUUAUAGAUAAAGAGGAGCAACUUCCUCCAAAAAAGGAGGCAGAUGGAGAUGAAUAUAAUUUGCCAUCUUCAAAGGAAACUGAAAAGGCUCCUGAACAGUCUGACGAUGCAACCUCAAACGCUCCAUCAAAGGUUGAAGAAGGUAUGUCUGGUUGCAACAGAAUCAGUAGUGUGUCUCUUUCAUCUCCUGAUAAUGAAGUGUCUACCAUAAAAGAUCAUUUUGAUGAGGAUGAAAACUUUGGUGUAGAUUCAGAUCUUUCUGCAGAACUCGUACCAUCUGAAGUAUCUGAUUCAGAUACUUUGCUUGGUCCCGAUGUAAAGCAAGAUGAAUCUUUCAAACAAGUAGGUAGUGAAGAUAGUGUGUCUCUCGACCAAAUAACUUCUGAGGGUGAAGGUGCAAACAUCAAUAUUCCAAAGGUCCUUACUGAUGAGAAUGUAGAGGGCAUUGUCAAAGAUGUCAUUUUGUUCGAAGAGGAACUAGCAUCUCAGAAGGAAAGGAACAGUUCCCUUACACAUGAGAGACUGGAAUCCUUGAUUAAGGACUGUGAAGGAGGACGUAAAAGAAACGCCACACGUUCUGGCUCUCCUCCCCCUCCACUAGAAGGACGGGUGUCUCCCACAGAUGGAGAGGAGGCUGAUGAGGAAGACGGCGACUCUGAGGAUAGCGAUGAGUCCGAUGAGGAGCUGCGGACUUACAGUAUCCAGGAACAGAGCGAAGAAAGCGAGGAUGAGCUCUUGACCGUACCUAUCAUUGUGAGUGACUGCAGCGAUGCACACAAACUCAGAAGUCUACUUAAGAUGCCAACACUGCUCAGCGACUCACUGUCUGACGAAACUGAGAACAAAAAGAAGGUGGUGUCUUUCUUUGAUGAUGUCACCAUCUUUCUGUUUGACCAGGAAAGCCCAACCAAAGAGCUGGCAGAUCAAAGUUUUCCCUUGGGUGGAGAGUCAAGCAAACCAAGUGCAAAGGGUAAAGCACAAAACCAGCAGGAAAAGGUCAAUGCCUCCGAUGACUCUUCUGACGGAAACAUCUCAGAAGAGAGUGCAGGUUUUGAAUGGGAAGAUGACUUCCCAUUGUUGCCCCUUCCCACAUCUCCUAAGGGGUCUCCUCCGGACAUCACUGCAAAGCCGAGCCUACCGAGUGGCAGUACUAAACCUGUGGCACAGGUCUCCCGUUUUACUGUUUCUCCAUCCAGUGUGUCACGUUUCUCCAUCACACAUGUCUCGGAUUCAGAUAUGGAUUCUGCAGGAGGGAGCAGUGAAGAUGGGGAAAGAGAGUGAAUAACCGUACUACUGCCAGCAGUGAGUGGCACUGACAGACUCUUAUUUAUUUUUGUUUAUUUUAUUUUUUGAUUGAGGAGAUCACAAUAAGAAGGAGGUUUUGAUCUCUUUGGAAACCGCUUUUGGAUCCCCUCAAAGACAGUGCCUCUUAAUUUCAGCAAACACUUCAGAGCAGCCCUUUUGAAAGGGCCCCAGAAGAAAAAACAUGUUGAAAUGACUAAAACAUGAUAGGAAACACAAACUAAAAUUAAAUGAGCAAAGUUUGGAUGGAUCUGCUUAGUUUAUAUGGACCUGCUGGAAACUGACUGUAACUGUUUACAACAUCAGACUGUAUUUUUGGAAAGUGUUGAAGAGACGCUAAAGGUAUUACUGCAUCAAAAAUUGAAUGAGGCCAUCUUAGCGAAAUGUAACAAAA